AUGACUUCACGCAAACCUCGACGACAGAACAAUCACAAUCCUGUCAACCUCACCGAUUAUGAAUCUGACGCUCCAUACUAUUCCGACAUGCAGCAACAACCUGCACCCCCGCUCCGCUCGAACGAGGAGCUCAACCUCUCCGUUAUCCGCCGCCACAAGCCCUCAGUGACCUCCAUUCUCUCACUCGCCCCCUACGCAGUGGUCUACAUCUUCAGCCCCACCACAAAACAAUGGGAAAAGAACGGAGUGGAAGGAACCCUGUUUGUGUGCCAGGAAACACAAGGUGACCUAGGCGAAGAGCGCUACACUGCCUUCGUGCUAAACCGCCGCGGGUUGAACAACUUUGAUCUCCCCCUCACCGACGGCGAGAAUGUCGAAAUUACAGAGGAAUAUGUGAUCCUCAAAGCCGAAGAAAGUGCCGAAGGCGAAGCCGGACAGAAUGGCAUCGCCGACCCCUUGCACCCGCAAAAUGUGCCCAACAACCAGACCGGCACGAAGAACGUGCGCAUCUACGGUCUCUGGAUCUACUCAGAGCCACCGCCAAACUCCACCGCGGAGAGUCGCAUCAUAAACGCCCAGAUGAUUCUCGAGUGCGCUACCCACGCCGGGGAGAGCUCGAAGCUAGCUCGCGAGCGCCUUGAGGCUAUGCGCCAGACCAGCUUGCACGCCGCCGCCGCCGCGGCCUCCAUACAGGCUGCCCCGAUGGAGGAAAUACAGGCCGGCGUGCCUAUGGGACGUCAGAUUUCCCUGAAGGAUCUGUUUGGUCAGCAGCGUGCCCAGGACGACGCUUGGAGUGUGCGAGCCCAUCAUCUGGGCCCUGAGCAGCAGCCUAACUAUCAACACAUGAUGCUUCCUCAAAUGCCGCCUCCUACUCCCCCGCCGCAGCCGCAAUCCGAUGUGCUAGGAGAUCUAUUCCGGAGGGCAGGACUAGCUCAACAGGGUAAUGGGCAGGGGCAUUAG